CAUCUUACUAUCGUGCCAAUGUUGCUAACGCAGCUCGAGAUUGCAGUCGGAAAUCCAACGCUCAAGCGGAAGUACAGUGGGGACUACGGUGCGCUCAAGAAAAAGAUGGAAGCCAUCAAUUGGAACAAGAUCAUGUACAUCGCCCAGGAGGAAAAGCUCAUAUACUUCGACCAGAAAACGUACCGACUGCCGGAAGCGAUAGUGACCAUGUAUGCCGAUCGGGUGAUGCAUCUCGAUCUGAGCCACAACAAACUUUCGGCCUUCGAUGCACUCGAACGGUUUCCAUUCCUUGUGGAGCUGGUGCUGGACAAUAACUACCUAACGGAUGAGAUUAUCUUCCCCGCCCAGCUGAACAAUGUGAAGCUGCUUUCGCUGAACAACAACAAGUUCAAAAAUUUGGAUCUACUGCUUACGAAACUUUCGCUGUGCUUUCCCGAGCUGGAAUAUCUCAGUCUGCUGGGCAAUCCGGCCUGUCCUUGCCAUCUGCUCAACCUGAAGUACACCGAGUACGACUACCAGAAGUAUAGACUGUACAUCAUCCGACACCUGCCCAAGCUGCGCAUCCUUGACGGUCAACGGGUGAAGAAAAUGGAGCGCGACUUUGUACGCUGCCAGCUGGAGAAUUACGGUGAAACGCUUGACCACGAUCCGAACACACUAUCCGGCACGGUCAAGCAGCAACAGCAGCAAAACGUCCGCAAGAGCAACACCUUAAAGCAUCUCUACACGACCGUUAGCAGUGGGCUGGGACUACGUCGGAAGACUCCGCCGGUUUACAGCCCGCUGCCGGAAACGUUGCGCGAAAUAGGGGAUCAUCGGGGUGCGUAUGGCCGGUGCCGUUACCGGUACGUUGGCGCACAAUCCGAGGGAAAUCGAUUCAUACUCAACAAUGACUUAUGAU